ACGCUCAAGAAGGAGAGAGGGAAAGCAGGAGAGAGAAAAACGCAUUUCACCUAACACAUUUCCUCCUCUCGCUCUUCCUUCCUUGCACCACGUCUUCUUUGCCCUUGUCUCUCUUCCACCACCACGUCUUCUGCCUCCUCAAGAUCUUCCUCCUCAACAUUCUCCCUCGGUCUUUUUUCUUUGGAGCCGCCUUAUGAUCAACUGCCAUGCACCAGGUAUUUCAGGGUAUCGAUAUUUCUUCCCAUACUUCACUCUCUUCCUCCCCAAGCCCUACACACACCACACUGAGUCACCCCUCUCUCUCUCUCUCUCUCUCUCUCUCUCUCGCGCGCGCGCGCGCGCGCGCGCACACACAUGUGCCAUCCAUCCACACCUGUCGCUGUGUGCGUCUGUGCGCAACCGCACGCGCGACACGCUCGAAAAAAUGUGGCGCUAAGCCUUAACGCAACUUGAGAAAGCUAAGAAAACCGGGAAUGCACUCUCUAUAUCAUUCCCAGAUAAGGUAGCACGAAGGGAGGGAGGACAGAGGGCCGAGGAAGUUUUUUUUUAACGCCGCCAGAGGAAGGAGCGCAAAGGCGACGGAGGGAAGAAGGAAGGAGAAAGGGAGGAAGAAGGGAGGGCCGAUGAUGAGCACCAAAAGCACGUCUGGAUGGAUUCACAAUGAGCACGCAUCCACGGUGAGCACGCAUCCACGGUGACCACGUCUGGAUGAGCAUGAAAAUCACGGAUCAAUGAUGAGCACGUCUGGAUGGAUUCACGAUGAGCACCGAGCAUGAAAAGCUCGCAUCCACGGUGAUCACCGGUGGAUGGAUUCACGAUGAGCACGUCAGGAUGGAUUCACGAUGAGCACGCAUCCACGGCUGUCACCGAGCAUGAAAAGCACGGAACGAAAAGCACGUAUCAACGAUGAGCACGAAAAGCACGGAUCAAUGAUGAACAUGAAAAGCACGUAUCAACGAUGAACACGAAAAGCACGGAUCAAUGAUGAGCAUGAAAAGCACGGAUCGCCGAUGAACAUGAAAAGCACGUAUCCACGAUGGCACGAAAAGCACGGAUCGACGAUGAGCAUGAAAAGCACGUAUCCACGAUGACACGAAAAGCACGGAUCGACGAUGAGCAUGAAAACCACGUAUCCACGAUGGCACGAAAAACACGGAUCGACGAUGAGCAUGAAAACCACGUAUCCACGAUGAGCACCGAGCACGAUGAGCACCGACCACCAAAAGCACGGAUCGAAAAUGAGCACUGGGUUCAGUGUCCGAUGAGAAUUUGCAAUGCGCCUUCCACGUUUCAGCGAGCGAUGAACAUGACGUUCCAGAACUUCAUCAACAAGACACGGUUGACGCAGGGAAUGAUCAACUUCUGCGUAAUCGUGUACAUGGACGACAUCCUGGUCUAUUCGGAGACCUAUCACGGGCACGCGCAACACAUCGAGUGGACAUUGAGUGCAUUGAGAGACGCUGGGUUCAAGAUUGCGCUCGAGAAAAGCGAAUUUUUCCUCUCGGAAAUUUCGUUCUUGGGCUACGUCGUGACACGUGGAGGAUUGAGACCAGACUCGAGAAAAGUUGCGGUGGUAAAGGAAGCCCCGGUUCCCACGUCACUGACGCAGGUUCGAGCCUUCUUGGGGCUGGCAUCGUACUAUCGACGCUUCAUCAAGGGCUUGGCCGCGAUUGCACGACCACUAACAAAUCUAUUGCGAAAGGACCAGCCCCUCAGUUGGGACGCGGAGUGCCAACAGACUUUUGCAACUCUCAAGGACGCUCUGGCAACGACCCCUAUUUUGAUCCGGCCGGACCCCUCGAAGCAGUUCAUUCUAAUCACGGACUGGCAACCGGAAGCUAUUUCCGCUAUUCUAGCACAGAAGGGGAACGAUGGUCGCGAACACGUCAUCGAGUACGCAUCUCGAACCGUACCAGACGAACGAAGAAACGACUCCGCACCUCAAGGCGAGUGCUAUGCGGUAGUUUGGGGAAUCCAACACUUCCACCCGUAUCUCUACGGAUCGAAAUUUCGCCUCGUAACGGAUCACGAGCCUCUGCUAGCGCUGAAGAAACUCACCAAUUACACGGGCAUGAUUGGCCGUUGGGCGGUACGACUACAAGAAUACGACUUCGAUAUCAUCCAUCGAAAGACAGAGCGGCACGACAACGCGGACGGGCUGACACGUCUACACCAACCUGUCAAGUGGGCAGCGCUGAGACCAGAAGAGGAGGCCGAAGAGGAAUCGGAAGGAGAAUUGAGGAGGGAGGCCGGGGAAGCAGCGACCCGAUUGGCCGAGGACGAAGAAGAAAAGCGCGAAGUAGAAGAAGAAUCAGCGGAAGCUGAAGAAGAAGAAGAAGAAGAAGAAGAAGAAGAAGAAGAAGAAGAAGAAGAAGAAGAAGAAGAAGAAGAAGAAGACCUUGAGGAGGAGACUUCAGAGGAGGAGGAAGAGGCCUAUAGUGAGCACAGUGAGGGCGAGCAAAGUGAGGAGGAGGAGGAAGACAAGGAAGACGACGAAGGAGUGGAAAGCGAGCACAACCAGGAGCCAACGCACGACGAGCUCGAGCGGGGGGGUGGUCCGAUCGGAGGAAAGGGAGGCGAGAAAGGGGAAGGAGAUAAGGCGUCGGAAGGGGGGGGAAAGAAGGGGCCAUCGCCAACCAAGGAUGGGGCCCAUCCGGAGGAGGUUCGGGUGAAAGAGAAAGAGAAAGAGGGCUCCUCGAAAUGGGUGGUGAAGAAGGGUAAGGCAAGGGAUUGGGAGGAGACUUCGAAGGGACCCGGCGGGAAGGGGGACAGUACUGGGUCGAGAAAGGAAAAUGACGAUGUUACGGAAAAGGGAGAAGAACUCAGGGAGAAUAGACCUGAACGGCGGGAAAAGGGAAAAGAGCAAACGGUAAGUAAUACUCGCGACGGGUCUGGUCUUCCUGGUUUGAAAGAUGUAGAUCGGAUGGAAGGGGAUAUCAUCCUAUUCAGGGAAAAGUGUAAGCGGGACGAGGGAGACUGCCCGACAGAGGAGGUGGUACUCUCGAGUCCGAAGGAUUCCGAUCCGGGUAAUGCGUUAGUUUUGUAUGAUGCAACCAAAGCCCGCAAGGCUGCAGGUCGACUCUCCCCACGUUCCUCAGGGGAGGACUCCGAGGACGACGAGGAUGGUUUCCUGGAGCCUUUGUUCGGGGCUAAGGAUGGGAGGGGGAACUCUCCCAUAAAGACCUAUGAUAAUGAAUCCUUCGAUUGGACGCUCACGGGUAACAUAUCGAUUGAGGAAUUAACUACACCCAUCACAGCAUGCAGGCCCUUGCCUGUUCCCGCUCGUGAGUUUCAUUCUUCCAAUUCGAAGGAAUUUUUCGAAGCGACUGAAGAAAAUACAGAUGAACGACGUACUGGGGGGAAGAAAGGCCAUUUAAAAUCGUUGGCCCGGAGUAAGUCCCCCAUGAACGAUCCUCGGAAAGGGAUUGCCUCCCCAGCCAAGAAGUCGAAGAAAGUUCUCUUUCAAGCCAAAACUGGAGCUCAGUCCUCCGGUAAGAACGAUGCCCUCGUAGACCAGGGUUCAGAGGGUAAGGAGAAGAAGGUCACACGGCGCAAGUUGACUUCGUCCCUCUCUUCGGCUCCGCCAAUGAAAACUCUGUCAAAGGCAGAGAAGAAGAAAGGGGUGAAGGCUGCACUGGCUGUUCCCUUAAUCUGCACGCUCUCACCCCAUGGUAUUAUGGUGCUCACAAAUAAACUACCUGACGAGACCUUGGCCUUCCCCUGCUUUCCGUCUGCAGGCCCCCCAGGGGAUGUCCAACAGACGGGUUGGGCAGCUGAGUCAGUUCUGAAAGGGUAUGCUUCAUGUUCUAUCUUGUCCAAGCCAAAGAUGGGAGACAUGUACACACAACCCCAAAUGGGGAUGUAUAUAUUGUUCAUAUUUCCUUUUUGACUCUUCAAGCUGAUACCCUUGCUAGAGCACAAAUGCGGAAUCUGGAUAUCCACUGGCAGCCGUUGGCCCAUCUGCUGGAUGUGGGUAUUGAUACACUUUGUGAUAUUUCGAUCAUGGAGGAGGUUUCGGCGCUCACUGUGGCACAAUGGCUGUCACAGUGAGGGUCUGCCGACUACCUGACUUCCCCUGCCUUUGUAGCGAAUUUGGAAAAAAAGCAAAUGCGGGAUCAGCAGAAGGCUUAGGGGCAUACAAGGGAGUUUGUCCCUAAGAAUCAGGCAGGAACCCGCAUCCAAUUAACUCGUGGCAAGGACCCAGUUGAUGGUCCUGCCAAGAAGAUUUAGAUUUGCCACGUGGAACGGUCGUGGCUUAGGGGAUACUGCUAAUAAAUUUAAGAAAGCGAG